AUGUUGAUCCACGCAUUACAAUUUUCACGACAGUCUAUAUCCAUAGUUUUCAAGGUUUCUGAAUCAGCGUAUUAUGCAAUGUUACCUUACUUCAAUAUUAUCUUCUCAACUGUACAGGAGCAAAUUACUGUUCUUUAUACUACUAUUUAUAAUUUUGUGACUGCAUAUCUGCAAUGGUUUAUACCAUUAAUUUUAGAAGUCAUGUCAGAUCAAAUUUACGCAUCAAGAGCAUUUUUAAUAGAUAUAUAUACAAAAUAUGAACCUGUAGCCUUGGAGUUAAGACAACGUGUGGUAGUAACAGUUGAUUCAGCUGUUACUAACAUUGGACAAGGGAUGAUGGAUUGGGUCAAGAAAGAACGAGAAUUAAGAGAAGCAAUAUAG